AUGCCACAGACACUCCUACUAACACAGCCCCGGCUUCCAAACCGGCAACAAGUCAUUGCCGAAGAUGACAGCAGAUAUUCAAUAGCUAACGAUGAUACAAGCUGCCUGCCAGAGGAAUCUGGCCGUCACGGAGUUGAGGCCCCAAGCCAAAUUCCCACCGGGGAGGCCGGGAGUGAAGAUACGAAUCCUGGUCCCUGGGCAGACUACGCUAUGACAGUUAUUUUGAAUUGA